GUGAGAUGAAAAUGGGCAAACUAAAGGGUGUGCAAUGUGUAGGCCAACUGAGUGGACCUUGUUUGAGUCAAGUAGGUCACAUGACCAAUGAGCUAUUGAAAUUAAAAUGUAAAAAAAGUUUGUACUUUGUUUACACUCCCUAACUAAUUCAACUAGGAAUACAAAAUGCUGCUCACAUUUCCACAUGUUUAUUGGCUUUGGAAAGCAAAUUAAUGUCCAUAUUGUGAAAAUAAGACCUGUGCAAUGUUGUGCGCAAUUUUUCCAACAUCAUGACACUUAUUUGGAGUCUGUGGCUCAAGUGGUUUGAAAGCUAUUGAGGUUUGACAGCGCGAAUAUCCGUUGAAUAUCCAACAUGAAACUGUCUACCUCGAUGUGGCAGAAAACCUAUAGUUCGAUCACUGCUGCAGACGACUAUUCCUACAUAACCCUCCCAAAUCGGCGCAACGAAAAUGCACAUGAGCAGAAAUGGAGUGAUUGGGAGCGGAGUCCCCAUUUAACGUGGAUGAGAAGGCUAUACCUUUGAAGUAGAGGAAGAGUUUCUGACCAUGACAGAGUUGUAUCUGCAACGCUAUUGCACUCUCCUUCAGCCUGCCAUGAAACCAGUAGACAACAAUGGGAUAUGGGUAUGGCCUAAGGGGGUACAAGGUCCGGACCAAUAGAGGAACUGAUGGUGAAGCUGUCAUGAUCCCCAACAACAUCCUACUGUGGCCACACAGCAGCAGAAUAUUCUACCCAGGACAGACCACCCACAGCUAUAUCUGUAAUGCCAUGGACCACCAGGUGAAGGAUUGCAGGACAAGGGAACAGAGAGGUCAAGAGGAGAAACAUCACAAACCCGAGAGCAACAGCCACAAGGAGAACGAUGACAGCUUCGAGUCUGCCAGGGAAGAGCCAUCACAAGACACUUCCCUCCCUGAUGACACAGGUCCUGCAGCAGACUGGUCCACUCAAAUGGAGGCUCAUGAUGACGAUCCACCAAACCUUGCCAGUACUCCGGCUGCCUCCCACCUCCCUAGUGGCUACCCUCCUCUGCCCCCAGACACUUCCAGCUCCAACGAAGGUACCCAUCCAUCAAACAGUGACAAGCCUGUGUCUUCUCUCCAGCUGUGACAGCGAUGGAGGAGGUGUCUCUGAGAGUGCUGCCAAUGGACCCAGCGGACCGGGGAACCCAGAGGGUCAGACUGGGCCCAGGGCUGAUGUCCUCCCUGGGGUUGGGGCUGGGCUCUCCUGUUCUGAUGGCUCUGUCUGGAGGGUCCUGUCUCUGUACUGCCUGGCCCAGGCCUGACCUGGCUGACGGAUUCAUACAGAUAGACAUGAAAUGUUGUUCUUCAAAUCUUAUCUUAAACAAAGCGGCACCCACACACCUCAGCUCUAGCCCACUUCCCCCCAGCCCAUGCCUAAGUCCUAGCCUCACCCCAGUCUCCUGCCCCAAGCUGAAAGGCAUCAGAAUAACAGUGGUGGUUCAGAGUGUGGAGUUCCGGAAAACCACUCCUCCCAGUUUCAUCCAUGAACUAGUGAAGGACAUGCUGAAAGGGACAUAUGUCCACCAGAAGCACGUGAUAGAUGUGGGUGACUAUGACACGGACGUUAAACUGAUCGUCAUCGAGAGCCUGAACCCAGAGUCCACCGUGACUGGUUUGGUUACAUCUAAGACAGGGGUGGAAAUAAUGGGGACGAGGACCCUCCGGUACUACAGAGGACAGCUCCAGGAGCAGCCCCAGGUCCUGCUGGGAGGACUGGAGGAGGUGUCAGCGUGUCUGAGAGAGAUGUUGCACCUGCCUCUGCAGUACCCUGCUACCCUGGGCUCCCUGGGUCUGUCCUGCCCCAGAGGAGUGCUCCUUGCUGGGCCGCCGGGGGUCGGAAAGACCCUGCUGGUCCGCUGCCUGGUGGGGGAGGUGGGGGCCAGCCUCAUCACAGUCAGAGGACCAGAGGUAGUAGGGUCUCGGCCAGGGGAGAGUGAGGAGAGGUUGCGGGCGGUGUUUGGUCGGGCGCGGGCAGCGGCAGAGGAAGGGCCUUGUGUGUUGUUCCUGGAUGAGCUGGACUCUCUCUGUCCCAGACGGACUGGAUCCUCCGCACCCGAGAACCGGCUGGUCGCUCAACUGCUCACGCUCAUGGACGGCAUGGACCAAUCAGAUCGCUUCCUCAUCAUAGGAGCUACUAAUCAGCCGGACAGCUUGGACCCGGCGCUACGGAGGCCCGGGAGGUUCGACAGAGAGGUGGUUAUCGGUGCCCCCACAGCACAGCAGCGGUUAUCCAUCCUGUCAGUGCUGUGCCGGGCCAUGCCAGUGUGUGUCAGUGUGGACUGGGCAGAGCUGGCCCAGAGGACUACAGGGUAUGUGGGUGCUGACCUCAGUGCUCUCUGCCGUGAGGCUGCCAUUCUGGCUAUACGACACAACACACAGGGUUCAGGGGAGCAGGCUAUCACCAUGGAACACUUCCUGUCUGCCCUGAAGACUGUCCGUCCAUCCUGUCUGAGGGGCAGUCUGGGACGGACAGAUCUCCCAGCCGUCUCCUGGGAACAGAUAGGAGGCCUGGAGGAAGUCAAAGUCAAACUACAACAGAGUAUAGAGUGGCCGAUGCGUUACCCGGAGGCGUUUGUGCGUCUGGGUCUGUCCCGUCCCAGGGGGGUGUUGCUGUACGGUCCCCCAGGCUGUGCUAAGACCACCCUGGUCAGGGCUGCAGCCACCUCCUCCCACUGCUCCUUCCUGUCAGUCAGCGGGGCUGACCUCUACUCUCCAUAUGUAGGAGACUCGGAGAAGGCCCUGGCUCAGCUCUUUCGUCAGGCACGGGCCUGCACUCCCUCCAUCCUGUUCCUGGAUGAGGUGGACUCUCUGAUUGGCUCCCGGUCAGAAGGCCAUGUCCCUCAGAGUGCCCAGACCCGCCUCCUGUCUGUGCUGCUGAAUGAGCUGGACGGGGUAGGCUUUAGGACCCUGGAGAGGAGAGGAGCAGGGAAGACCCUACAGGCUGAGGGAGUGGAGGAGCGCCACCAACAGGAACAUUUGGAGUACCAGGAGGUGUGUAACAAGGAAGUGAUGAUCGUAGCGGCCACUAACAGACCAGACUCUCUGGACAGUGCCCUCCUAAGGCCUGGAAGACUGGACCAGAUCAUCUACGUACCCCCACCUGACCUACAGGCGCGUGUGUCCAUCCUGCAGGUGUGUACAGAGAAGAUGCCUCUGGAUGAUGAUGUGUGUCUGGAGGAGCUGGCUAGACACACUGACCUCUACUCUGGAGCAGACCUGGAGAACCUGUGCAGAGAGGCGGCUCUGUUGACCCUCCAGGAUGAAAGUAUGGAAGCUUCUAGUAUCAAACACCGAUACUUCCUCCAGUCUUUACAGAGGAUGACUCCCUCUCUCUCGACCCAGCAACUACAGACAUACAAAAACCUCUUCAGAUGAAACUAUAGACCCCACCCCAUCAGAUGACGCGGCAGACUUGGAAAAUAAAAAUUACAUUUAGUUUUCUUUUUUGUGGGUCUGUUGGCUGUUAUGGUGGUGAGUUGACGGUAUGUAGGCCUAAUUACAUUAAGAUGAUUGUUCCUUCUGUUAUGACACCCUCCUACUGAUUAAUACAUCAGCACAAACAGGAUAUCCAGUCCUCCAACAGCACACACUUGUUGUAGCCCGUACAAAAACACCUGGUUAAACUUUAAGGGCUUGAUGAUUAGAAUCAGGUGUGCUUGUCCAGGACCACAAAAAUAUUUACUGUUGGUGUAACUAGAGGACCUGAGGUCAGAAACGGCUAGUUCAUGGUCUGGCCCAGCGAGUCAAGGUCAGGAACCCCCAACCCGGGAAAACCGGUGCCCCAGGGACCCACUCCCUGAUUUUCACUCAAAUUCUGUCUUAUUGGGUAAAGGAUAAUGGCCUGGCAAAGUCAUGAAAUGUUUUGACCGCCCCACAGUUAAUGGAAUAUACUAGUGUAAACUUUAAGUCUAUUUUAGCUAGAAAAGGUAAAAGUAUUUUGGCGAACAGCCGAUUUAAAAAGUUGGACUUAGCCAACACAUGGCUAAGUCAAGGAAGCUUCCCAGCAGCAUCCUGGGUUGAAUACCUCUGCUCUAGUCCCCUUUAGAAGCAGAACAAACCACAACUCUUUAGGUCAGUGUUCAAAAUAAAUUUAUUUCUAAAUGUAACAGGUUCUUCAUUCACAUGUUUCCAGUCAAUGAAUCUGCCAGUUGAUUAAAGGGAAGUGAGAGUGACAGACUCAGACAGGUCUCAGUCUAGUGAUAAAUUAACUCAAAGAUUGAUAACCAUGAAUCAUUUAAACAAACAGCUGAUCAUUUGAUCAACAACCAGGCAAUACUGCAUCCUGAUGUUAAGGGAAUAGAAGUCUCGGUUCUAAUGCCCAUAUUAGUUUACCACUUAAAGUAUGCCAUUUGGGACGUAUCCAUACUUCAUUCUACGUAGUAGUACACAAGUGUGGAUAUUGGAGCAGAGCCUUAAGAAGUGUUCAGGUUGAAGGAAUGAAUGUGCAAAUCACUGAAACACUGAGUGCUGCUGUAGAGAGCCAACCCUGACAACAUGAUAAACAAAAUACCUUUUAAAAUAAAUCAAAACAAGAGCAGCACAAGGCAGGUAAUGCAUAUACUGAACUGAUUUGCAGUUAAAGAAAAAUGUCAUUUUAGUCUGUUCCAACCAACAUGUUAAGCUUGGACAGGAAGACUGACAGUGGUUUAAGGAACCCAGACCUGAAGACAAUGCCAAAUAUAUUUAUAUACGCACACAAUAAUGCAUAUGAUAAAUAUUGGCAUCUCACAUCACUCCAUGCUUAUGGAACAAUACUGCAUUUCUGAAAUGUUGACAAUCUGAUUAGCAAAUAAAACUGGCUGAUAUUAACUAGAAGCAGUAGUCAUGUAUUACCCUACUACAGUAUUAAACAUGAUUCAAAGUCA